AUGAGAAAGAAAAAGCCAGUUGAUGGGCAUUUAGAGACUGAGUUUGAUGUAAAUGGUAGGCCUACUGGCCCAAAUGCAAAGGAUUUCUCAAACUACCUGGGCAGUGUGGUUCGUCAUCAUGUGGAUAUUAAUAUCACAGAUUGGCCUCACGUCCCCCAUAAAGUCAAAGAACAAAUUUGGCAUGAUCUUAAGAACGAAUUUAAUCUCCAAGAUGAAGAGCUAAAGAAAAAUAUUCUGAGGAUUGCGGGGUUGCGUUGGAAAGAUUUCAAGACAAGGUUGGUGCGGGACUUCAUCAACAAAAAGCAUCAUAAGUAUGACUCUCCCACUGAGUUAUAUGCUUUCUUGGAUGAAGAAAAAUGGAACAUAUUUCUAGAAAAUCAUCAAACUGAGGAGUUCAAGGCCAUAAGUAAGAAGUAUAGGGAGUUGCAAGCUCGAAAUGAGCAUCCCCACUACAUAGGGUCCAGAGGUUACAUUGGAGCAAAUGAUCGUAGCUUGGAUUGGGUUCGAGCGAGGUCUAAAAAAUCCGAACAUGGAAGUUAUUACAUUCCCAACGAAAAAACAAUGGAAGUGUUUGGUAAAAUUAUCGAGAAGGGUGAAGAGAUGUCUCAAGGAUCAUUCCAACCAGCCCGUCAAAAUGAUAUAUUAUCAGCAGCUCUGGGCACCAAUGAGCACGGUGGCUAUGUGAGAGGCAUUGGAGUGCAUAGCAAGAUUCGGGAUGUGUUUGGUAUGCCUUGCCGUGGGAAAUCAUCUGGGGGUGUUUCAGGGGUUGAUCUUGAGGCUAUGGAGAAAAAUCUGUAUGAUAAAUUGGCUGACAAAAUAAGAAGAGAAACAAUGGAAGAAAUGGAGCAAAAGUUUAAGGAUAUGCAAUCUCAACUGCUUCAAUCUUUUAUGAAGAAUGCACAAGCUAGUCCAAGGGUAGGCACACCGCUUUGGAGUAGUUGUCAGUCUGUUGAUCCAGUGAACGAGUUUCAGGAAAUUCCAAAAGCUCAAAAUAUGAGGAAUUUUCAAAGUGAUGAUCAAUAUGCCAUAGAGUUACAACCUGCAAUUGUGUCUAAAGAUGUGUUGGAGCACUUGGGAGAUGGAUCCAAGAAGAUGGUUUCAUAUCUACGACACUUGCCAGCCAAUUUGGACUAUGUUGAGAUGGAGGUAGAGGAGGUGUUGGACAUAUUCCAUCAUUCAAAUAAGUCUGGUGUCGUGAUGUUUGACGACAUUAAAGACUUGCUGACAAUGCAAUGGCUCGAUGUGUCCAUAAUACAAGCCUUUAUAAUGUAA